AUGUCCUUUGGCAUGAUGGUGACGCGCUUCGCGUGGAUGGCGCAUAGGUUGGUGUCCUCAAAGAGCCCCACCAAGUAGGCCUCUGCCGCCUCCUGUAGAGCAGAAACAGCGGAGCUCUGGAAACGGAGAUCAGUCUUGAAGUCCUGGGCGAUCUCCCGGACCAAGCGCUGGAAAGGGAGCUUGCGGAUCAGCAGCUCAGUACUCUUCUGGUACUUGCGGAUCUCCCUCAGCGCCACAGUCCCGGGGCGGAAUCUGUGCGGCUUCUUCACGCCGCCGGUCGCCGGGGCAGACUUCCUUGCUGCCUUGGUGGCGAGCUGCUUCCUGGGAGCCUUCCCGCCGGUGGACUUCCUGGCCGUCUGCUUGGUUCUCGCCAUCUCGGAAGGAGGAAGAUUUGCUGCAGCAAAGACGAGGGAAGGUGAAGGUAUAACGCUUAGUUCGUGGGAUCCAGGAACGUACGAAAUUGUGGUAUUUAUAGACCGAAGAGGGCGGGAAUUCGAAAAUUUCUAA